AUGGAAAAAUAGGAUAAUUAGUUUUUUUCAUUAAGCUAAUCUAUAGAUUUUAGCUAAAUUUAUUAGCAAUCUGAAGGUUAUAAUUAAACAUCAAAGGUCUUUUAAAACUGCCACAAUAGCUCGUCGCCAAUAAUUUAAUUGGAAACAUCUUCUCUUAAUAUUUAUGAUAAAUAUGAUAAUAUUCAUUGCAGCAUUCUCCAAUUAGAAUUAGAAUAAGAUGAAGAAUAAUUAUAAGAAAAUGAUUCUAAUUUUUAAUAGAAUAAUCAAUCUCAGUUAUUGAGGAGAGCAUCAAUUAUGUGGAAUUCUCAUAUUUAGUUAGCAUCGUAUGAUAGAAUGAAAAUAUUAAAUUGCUUAACCCUGACUAAUGAUGGAGUUUUACGAAUGUGUAUCUUGCAAGGUUCAACUAGUUUUAAUUACUAACAGCAAAUAGUUGAUUACAUUGAAGAUAAAAAAGAUUUAGGAAUAGUUGAUUUGCAUCUUUCUUAGAAUCCUUUUUUAAGGCAAUAUACAAUAGGAGAGAUACUUUCUUUCCUCAAAAAAGUUGAAGGAAUAGAUUUUUACUAAGUAGAGUUUUAGUUGACUCGCUUUUAUAAUUUUAUUUAAAGCUAUUAUCAGGAAACCAACAUGUUUAAUUUAAGCAAUAUUUAGCUUGACUAAAAAGACGAGGAAUUAUAAAGACAUCUUGAGUUUUUCUAUGAUUAUCUUGGUAGGUUUUAUGCCAAAAACAAAGAAAAUUCUUCACAAAUGUUUUGGUAUUAGAUAGCGAGAUACAACUAUAGAGCUCAUUAAUCUGAAUUUGUGAGAUCAGGAUAUUCAAAAAGCUACUUAGAAUUAUUAGGUUUAAACUAGUCUAGCUUGAGCUCAAUUUAUUUAAGAAAACAUCAAGUAGAUCUCAUAAAAGAGAAGAAUAAGAUAACUUAGCAAACUAUUGAGGUAAUGGAUAACCAGUUUAAAUCUCCUACUGAAGAAAAAUAUGUAAUUUUAGUAUAAACAUUUGAUGGUUUCCAUUUGAAUUUGAUACAAAGAAAAUAUAUUAUCAAGAAUGAAGAGGCCAAAAAAAACUAUUUGAUGAAAAACGAUUAUUCUUUCAUUUUAAUUGAGUUUGAUAUUGAUAUUUAGGAACUUCAAAGGCUUAUAGAAUACAGACUAAAGAUUUUUAAAAAUCCAAAUCAUUUAUCAAUUGAAGAAUUCAUUUAAAAAGAAUUGUCAUAUUUAUUUGAAGACGUAGAAUAUUCGAUUCAUUCUCAAAAUUUUUUAGAAAAAUUUUACAAAGAAAAUCUAGAGCAGAUAAUUAAGCUAAAAGAAUAGUUAAUUAAAUAAAAGGAAGAGAAAAAACCAUGUGGUUUCAGAUUGAUCAAUCAAAAUGUUAUUAAUUAAUAUCACAAAAAUACCACUGUUUGA